AUGAUGAAUAAAAAAUCAACAGCAAAUUUUCAUAAAUCAUUAUUUUCUGUACAAUCAUCAUCAUCAUCGAUGGUUUAUUUAUGUCGAUUUCGUCAACGAAAUCGUUUAAUUGAAAUACCCAUAACCAGUGAAUAUUAUCAUCAACAAAAUGGAAUAUCACAUGAACAUCUUAGACAAUUGAUUAUUCAAGAAUUUCAAUUACAACAAAUAAUAAAAACAACAUUAAUUAUACAAAUAUGGAAUGAACAAUAUCAAGAAUAUAUUGAUAUUGAAUCAUUUAAACAAAUACCAUUUGAAGGUCGUUUACAAGUAUUAAUCGAAAAAGAUAUCAAUUCAAUUGAGGAUACAUCACUAGUAUUGACUUCGAAAAGUCCACCGACGCCAGUUUCAUCUCAUAUAAUUACAACAACAGCUCAUUCUAUAACACCAAAUUCAUUACAAAUAAUAUCUAAUACUAAUCGAACACCAUUAAUAUCAAAUCGAAAUAUGAAUUUACAUGACGAAAUUGAUUCAUCAUUACAAAUGAAUUUUAAAAUGGAAAAACUUUAUGAUGAAUCUAUUAAUAAUAUAUCAACAAUACAUCAAUAUGAUAAUUCUCAACAUAAUUUAACAUAUGAUUUAUUACCAAAACCAAUUGAUGGUAUUCCAAUUCCACGUUUUCCACCUCAUAUCGCUGCUUUUCUCAAUGGUAAUGGUGAUGCAAAUCAAUUGAAUGCACUUGUACAAGCUUUAUACCAAGAAAUUGUUAAAUAUGAACUUUAUCCAAGUGCCGAUGAACUUCGUUCAAUUGUUAGUCGUCUUGUUGAUCGUUAUUCAUCUUGUAUAUCAGUUAUUGGUAGUAUUGAAUUAUUAGUACGAAAAUUAUAUUAUAAAUUUUGUAAUGAAAGAAAAAAAUAUCCUAUUGAAUUAAAACGUCGACAACCAAAUAAAAGAAAACGUCAUAUAAUACGUGAUGAUGAUUUAUCAAAUCUAAAUAAUCAACAAAUAUUCUUAGGAGAACAUAAUCAUGGUGGAAAUUUAUCCGAUGAUAUUCAUCAAUCAUCAUUGAAUCAUCUUAUGCAUUUAUGGACAUCAACAACAAAUGAUUAUAAAGAUAUAAACCAACAACAUUCAAGAUCAUCAUCAGAUUCUUCAUCACCUAUUUCAAAUAAUCAAGAUGAUUCACAACGGUAUCAUCCAUUAAAUUUAUCAAUUUCAAUUAAUAAUCAUAAUAAUAAUCUUAUGUGUACGGAAUAA